AUGACGAGUUUCGGUUCAUCAUGCCGGCAUCCAUUUGACGUGCUCAAUGAAAGCCAUGAAGAGUAUGAGAGCUGUAUUCUAAAAAACAACAUAACUGUGGACGAAUAUGACGAAUUUGUGGGUUUAAAUAAUUUAAGGAAUGAAUACAGAUUUAAAUGCAGCAUCACUGAUAGUCGUAUGGACUUCAAGCUGAUGAAUCCAACGGAAACGGCAAGGGAACUUAUUACUAAAUGCAUGUCCCAGGCAUCUAAAGAGCAAUGUGCCUACAGUUUCUACAUUCUACAUUUCUCUAGCUGCUGCUCAACUAUUCUGUAG